UCCACACCCACACGAGGAGCGUAGCUAUCGAACAUCUAUCCAACCAACGAGUUGUGUUAUAUACACAGAGAAUUCCAGAACUAUUGACUUUCGACUAUCUACUCUCGACUAAACCAACAGAAUUAAGGGCGGGCGGCCUUGACGUCCAGUGCUAAAGUCGGAACAAAAUAAAGGACAAAGAGUUCUCUCUCGGUAUCCUCACCUGGUACGCGCCUUGUCACUCACUCACUCUGUCUGCCGACUCGUACUGCGUAAGUGGUCAGGCGUCAACGGCACAGGGGCACAGCGGCACAGCGGCACAGGGUGACGAGCGGCUUGUCACGCAUCCCGUUCUAACAGCAGCAGCAGCAACAAGCCACCCCGCAUCUGCUCCUUCUCUUCCGUCUCUGAUAAGCAGCUCUUGAGUGACCAUCUCCCGCUCAUCCUACAAAAUGUCGAACCGUUCGUGGCCACAGAGCCACGCUGUAACUGCUGUUGAAUCCGUACAGAAACAUAUCACACCUAAGGUCAACAUGGAUAUCUGUAUCGACAACCAUUAUCAAUCUAAAAUAUAUACCACACUCUCGAGCGUCUCGGGACAUGUGAAAGUGCAUGCCUCCCACGACGUACCAUUCGACAAAGUGCAAAUCCUGUUUCUAGGGACUAGCAGGACUCGAGUUGAUGCUAUCAACAUACCUCGGGCAACCUCUCACACGUUUCUGAAGCUGUUGAUGCCUGUUCCGGAGUCUCACUAUCCGGAAACACGAUGCUUCCAAGCAGGCACCACUUAUACGAUCCCUUUUAAUUUCGUCGUCCCUCAAUACCUUACUCUCAAUGCGUGUAGCCAUCGCAUUCCCAACGACGCGUUGAAGGACGCUCACUUGCGACUCCCACCUUCCAUUGGAGAUUGGGACAAGGAUGACUUCACGCCACACAUGUCGCGCAUCACAUAUUCAGUGCGAGCAAGGGUAUACCAAAAGAAUGCCGAUGGCAAAAACGCCAAGGCAGUAGAGGCGUCACAGGACAUCAAGGUGAUCCCAAUGGUGGCUGAAGAUGCGCCUCUCAAUAUCACUGAACAAGACAAGCUGUAUGCUAUGUCCAAAAGAAAGACAAUCAGAAAGUCGAUUCUCUCUCCGAAGCUCGGAAAGUUGACUGUGUCCGCGAAUCAACCAGCACCCGUCAUGAUCAGCUCAGAUGGACACUCUACCACCCCGACGACUGCACAGGUGAACUUGGUUUUCGAGCCUACAUCCAGCGAAUCGCAACCACCCAAAGUUGUAGGCAUUACUUCCAAGGUAACUGCAGUAACUUACUAUAGCGCCGCUGGUAUCAACCAAUAUCCCAAUCUCAAAGAUUGGGCUCGUUCGUAUAGUGCCGAUGGUCGCGGUGCUUAUUCGAGCUCUAUUGCGUUGCCUGCAACGCCUGUUGAGAAAGUUUCUUGGAAACCGCAUGUUACGGAACAGGGGAGGCGGGAUUCUGGUUACGGCUCUGAUCUUCAUUCCGACUCGGAACAUUCAGCCAGUGGGCGACAAAGCCUGGACAGCCGUACACGUAACAACAAGACCAUCCCCUAUUACUACGGAAUGCAGGUCCGGGUUCCAGUACAGCUACCAGAUGAUAAGAAGCAAUUCGUUCCAACUUUUCACUCGUGUAUAUCAUCGCGAGUGUACGUUUUGUGGAUGACAGUGACGUUAUCAGCACUGGCAGGCACCAGCUCCGUUGUCACCCUGGGCGUGCCGCUGCAGAUCGGUGUUGGUUCUCGGGGAGGUGGACGAGUUGAUGCCACAGGUUUACCAACUUUUGAGGCUGCUAUGGAGGAUGCCGCUCUCGAGGUUGACGCCUACCUGCAACCUCGAACACUGUGCAUGCCAGAUAUUGAAUUCUGUAGCCGCUUGCCUGGCUAUUCAGAGCGUGUAGGCAGUCGAGCGGCUCAGCCAGUAUAGAAUCGCAUGGUCAUCCAUCGGCUUACCACAACGGCCAAGCAGACGGCUUCGCCUCCAAACCAGAAGCGGCCAACUUAGUGCUAUAACUAUUAUGGCAUCAUCUCUUUGCUUUUGACUUUGCCCAUUUCACGAUUUCCUCUUUUCGGUUGCACACGCUUACAAACGUUCUCCUUUUUGCUUGGCAUUGGCGCAGGCGGGAUAUGCUGCUUCAGUGGUGCUCACUUUGUUUUAACGGAUAAAAAAGCUAUGUACGCGACAUUCAGACACAUCUCAGAUGAUACCCACGAGGCGCUCAGUGGAACUGUCGUCUCGCCUACGUCCCUUCUUUCUUCCUAUACUUCUACAUUUGUUUUUGGGCGGGAGAUAGCAAUGAGGCGGAAGCGUCUACCUAUCGGGUGAGGACAGAUAGUAUGUCCUCCCCAACGUGCGAUAAUAGAUGGAAAUUCCUGCUAGCACGUUAUAAUAUGGAUAAUGAAUACAAAACAACAUAAUUAAUCGAGAUAGAAA